AUGUCGGUGCAGGCGAUGAACUGGAUUCAGCGGAACCUUGGCAUUGACGUCACCGGGGAGUGGGCACAGCAGGUAUCGCUCAAUGUUGGGGGCAUCAUAUUUCUGACGCACCGCGCCACUUUUAGGUCGUUCACGGAGCACCCCGUAUUUGGGCCGAUAGUCAAUGGCACUGGGAGGCUCACCGAGGAGGGCUCUUUUCUCAUUGACCGUGACGGGACAACCUUUCGCCACGUUCUCAACUUUCUCCGCACCGGAGCUUUGUUGCUGCCUGAGUCCUUUGACGAGUGGGAGUUGCUACUUAGCGAUGCACGCUACUUCCAGCUACCGGAGAUGGAGGAGGCAAUUCUGGGGCGGUUUGAGUACCAGCGGUCGGUUUUCUGCCGCACCCUGCCGCAGGCUGUCUUUGUGCAUUGGUCGGUGGACAGCCAGUCCAAGAAUGAGGUGGUGAUUCUGCCACAGCUGCCCGCCUUGGUGGUCUCCGAGGAUGGAGCGGAGGUCCACUACCAGGGGGAGCCGUUGCGGAGCCUCGACGAGUUGGUCACCACCUUGCUCUCAGCCUACGGCUAUGUUGUUCAGCACUGGAAGGAGAAGGAGGGCAAGGUGUUUCUGAGCCUUGGCUCCUCGUGA